AUAAAAUUGUAUAGGGACCAUAAUCCAUAUAAAUUACUUAAAAAGUUCCUUUUUCCCUCUACGCUCUCACUAUUUUUCUGAACACUUUCCAUGGCAUGCGGAAUGUUUGCGUUAUUGAAUUGCUCAAGCCCAUUCUUACUACUCCAGCAAAACACACAGCCAUCCACAUAACAACAUCAUUAUUAAAAACUGGGAGCACAAGUUCAACCAAGCGAAGAAUCAUUCCAUUUGUACAGGCAUUCCGACAUUAUGGUGCUGCUGCUGCUGCAAUAGUAGCAGCUCACUCGUCUUCUAAUUCGUUUUUAUUGUCGAAACAACAGAGUACAAAAAACUGCCAACAGAUACACUCAACUGAUGUUGUUCUUGAUACAAAAACCGCCAGGACCGCUAUUAUACCCUACAGUUUAUGCAAGAGCCCUGUUCGUCCUGCUCGAGUUUCGAUUGCUAUCAAUAAACUUUCUCGGCAAGGUCGUUCCAAAGAAGCACUUUCACUAUUUAUUGAACUUAUACAGAAAAGCAAUGGAAGAGAGUUUCCCAGUCAUGAAGCCCUUUACUCGUUAGCCCACGCUUUAUACAAAAGUCAAGAUUUACAUAGCUUACUACUCAUCCAUGAUACCCUUUUGCAACGCUUCUUCCCCCUACCUUCCGACGGUCACGAGCAGCAGCAGCAUCUACACCAUUCCAAAAGUCAUCACUUUAAUGAUACUGAUCUACAGCAGCUCCACAACUUUUUAUUGAAACGACAGUCAGUUUGUUGCUCGAAAAAAGAAGCAAAAGCUACUCUUUAUAUCUAUACCAUGAUUUUCAACCUUCUUGCCCAAAAAACAAACCCGCCUUUAUACCUCAUUCGGACGCUCUGCUAUGAACUGUCUUUGUUACCAAUCAACGAACCGACAACCCCAUACUAUAACACUCUCAUUGAUCUUUUACUACAAUAUCAUCAUCGCAAACAAGCGUUUGCUGUAUAUCAUGAACUUAUUAAACGAUCCAAACCUAGUAUCGUCACAUACACCAUUUUAAUGAAUGAUGCAGCAAAAAGAGGUCAACAUGGAAAAGUAAUAGAGUAUUUGGAUCAAAUUGAGAAAUAUCAUUUGAAAUUGGAUUACGGUAUUACUAGUGUUGUUGUGAAAUCGUUGUGUCAGACAGGAGAGUUUACUCUAGCCAAAGCUGUUGUCUUGCAGUUGGAACGGCAAAGGCAUUUUUAUCAACAAUUACAACAGCGGCAAUAUCAGAAGAAGAAUGAUCAACAAGACUUGUUGUCUACAAAAUCUGUCAAACAGCAUUUAUUGAAAUUGAUUGAAAAGAGAAAGCGUCGAUGGGAGAAGAAACAUUUGUUGAGAUUACAGGCUUUGCCAGCAGUCUCGACAAAAGCGCAGAUAAAAGAGAUAGAAAAGCAAUAAUGUUUAAGAAAGGGGAGUUUCUGAUAUAUUGAAGCCUUUCAUUAAGGCCACUUAUGAAACUGUUUUUUUUUCAGGAAUAAAUCGUAGCAAUAUAAUCAUAGAUUUGUCAUAAGACUGUGGUAGAGAACAGUAUAUAUACUUUUUUUAUUGUAAUCUCUCACGUUCGGUUUUUUUUGACCAGCGUUCUUAGUUUCAAAUAUUUUUGUUGAAGGGGGCUUGGUGGCUUUGUCCAAUUUAUCUGUCAAGCCAAUGUUUGUGACCGCACUAAAAUUUUUUCAAAGUGUUGAAAAUAAAAAGCUGGAUUGAGUUUGCCUUUUAUUUUGUUCCUUCUCU